CCCGAGCGUUGUGAAAAGAGGAAGGAAUCGGGACACAGGAUUUGGCCCUGGUCUAGGUGUUGGUUGCUCACAGGCACAGAUUGCACCUAGAGCUGAAGUCUGCUACCGAGGUCCCCAGUAGCGAGUGGGCGAGCGAGCUGGGGGUUCACAGCAGCGCCCCAGGCGCGAGCGCAGGAGCGGGCGGGGGCCCGGCGGGCGCGCGGGGAGGUGCAGGCUUCAGGCUGGGGCGGCGCCUUCGCCUCCGGCUGCCGUAGGACCGCGGAGCCACCGCUCCAUCGGCGACAUCUUGGUGGAGGACGCGCAAGGAGAAACGCUGUUCGCGCUGUAGCUGCUGCGCCACGAUCUCUGCUGACCUCCGGAGAGCAGAGGAUAGAACAGGCAGGAGGCGGCAGCGCGGAACAGGCAGUCGGCGGCGCGCGGCACCAUGUCCCCGGGCAGCGGGGUGAAGAGCGAGUAUAUGAAGCGCUAUCGGGAGCCGCGCUGGGACGAAUACGCGCCGUGCUACCGCGAGCUGCUGCGCUACCGCCUGGGCCGCCGGCUGCUGGAGCAAGCGCACGCGCCCUGGCUCUGGGACGCCUGGGGCCCGGACAGCCCCUCGGACAGCUCGGCUUCACCAAGCCCGGCCCCCAGGGGCGCGUUAGGGGAGCCCUCGGCGCCCUCCGCGCGGGAGGAGCAGCAGCCGGUGGGGGAGCGCGGCGCGGAGCUGCGGGACGCGGAGGAGCAGGACCCAGUGCUACCAGCACCACCAAAAAAGGACACAGAAGAGAAACCCGAAGAACAUAGGACGAAAGAGACUGACGGGGCGCCCAGUGGCCCCGGACCGCGACCACAGCCUAGUGCCUACUGUGUCAGGGGAAGUAAGAAAGCCACCAGAAGCCCACAAAGAUCGACGAGCAAGAUAAAGGAGAACAAGCACCCGUUUGCUCUUUAUGGCUGGGGAGAGAGACAGAUGGACAUGGGAAGCCAGAAGACACACAACGUCUGCGCAUCAGCCUCUGUGCACGAGAUUCAUGAAUCAGCACUUCGAGCCAAGAAUAGAAGGCAGGUGGAGAAAAGGAAGCUGGCUGCCCAGAGGCAGCGGGCUCACUCGGUGGAUGUGGAAAAGAACCAGAGGGUAAAGCCGUCGUCGGCCGAGAACCCGUGGCUGACAGAGUACAUGCGGUGCUACUCAGCGAGGGCGUAGCUCCUGGGCCAUCCUCUUUCAAGUGUUCACGCAAGAAAAGGAAAACAAAAACUGGCAACUGAGACCGCACACGGGUGGAAGAAACCGACUGGUCCUGCAAGGCUCCCCCUUAGGAAAUUCCAAGAGAUGGUUUUGCUCUCAUGAUGGUUGGUCACCUGCCUUAGUAGUGGGACAGACCAUGGAAGCCAUAGAUGCUGGCUUGUUUAUGAAGACAAGUCCCCAAGUCUUGAUAUUCUUGUAAGAGUUUUAUUCUAAAGAUUUUGAUCUUUGGAGAUACCCACACCGAGUGCCUUUAACCGGCUCUAGGCGCUUCCCACCCACCCCUCCUGUAGUCCAGUCAGAGCUGCUCUUUCUGACCAGCACCACACUGGCAGGGUGUCCUGUCCACUGUUCAGGACUCGCUGUGCAGCUCGCCAUGUCCGGAGCCAAGGAAAGCAAGGAUGGAGAUCUGGGCUGUUCUGACGAGCCAGAGCUUUGGCGGCUGCGGACCCAUCACACUUGAUAGGUUUCGUUUCACUUCGUCUCCAUGUGGGCUGCGAUACUCCAGGAUUUUCUGGCCAGAGGGAGGGUCACCUUUGCUCCCUAAGUCAUCCCUUAGACAUUUAUUUAAUACAUAGUUUAAUAGUUCUGGUACAUUCCGGUGAGCGACAUGCAGAGAGCAUGCUCGGAGCAAUGAUGACAUUUCUUUUGCAUCACUUUCCUUUAACUGCAGUUGGCUGCCUAAGUCUGACCGCCAUUCCCCUCUUCUAGGAGAGAGAGCGGAUGAAGAUAUUGAGAAGUUGUACUCUGCAGUGACAUUUAAUGACCUGGGUUUGUUUGGCCUGUGGGGGUGGGACCAGCAGACACCGUUAGUGUGUCCCUGCCUGCACUAUGCCCUCCCCUUUACAGAACCUAAUGGUGGCUGUGUGCACAGUGCUGAUAGGCUAGGUUGGAAACCUGACCUCUUGGUCUCUGGCCCGGUGAUCUUUGCUCCCAUACUGUGGGAGAAUUUCGGGCAGGUGCUGGCCUGAUGGUAAUGUUCGUUCUUCCUUUAAUAGGGAACCACUGUCAGGGUUUUAAAAAAAAAAGAAAAGAGGUUUUAAAGAACGUGUGUUUCCAUGAGAUGGGUGCCUUGGUCACCCUGCAGAAGAGACUCCCAGAAGGAUGAGCUCCAUGUUCUUCCUGAGAGGCGGGGAGAUCUUUUGCCUGCACCCACUCAGCAUCUGAGCUUGCUGGGUAAGACCCAGUGUUGGGCGUGUGGCUGAGCAUUUCCACAUUUUUACUUUGGGUUCUUGAGUAUGAUAAUUUCUAGAACACAGACUGAUUUCAUUCCAUGUGAGACUGUCACACGAUGUCAUCUGAAAACUGUAUCAAGUUUUGAAAAUGCACACUAAAGAAUUUAUGAGUGUUUUUUUUUUUAAAAAAAAAAAACUUUUAAAAUAUUUGCCUAGUUUUGUACAGUCCCCGUGUACAGAGCCCUCCCUCUGAGGUGUAUAUUUAAUUAAAGAAUAAGUUUGACAUGUUGUCCAAA